UCUUCGGUAAUAAAUCGACGAAUUCGAGUUUGACCUCAUUAGCACGCAAACAAACCUCAAUCAUUAUCAGUAGUGCCAUAAAGCGACAACUAACAUAAACAUUUUUCCGAUAAAAUAGAUAAUUCGAGAUUCUUUCCAACUCAUAACUUUUUCAAGAUGGUUAUUCAAAGAGUGAUUCCACGUGUCGCUCUACUUAUCAACCACUCAACAACACUGAAUAAAGCUUACAAUUCGCGUAAUGUAGUUUUGAGGUUAAUCAGCACAAGUCAAUGCAAUUUCGCAGAGCGUUACUUCACAAAGAAACACGAAUGGGUGGAGGUUGAGGGAAAAAUCGGUAUCGUCGGAAUAUCAGAUUACGCGCAGAGUGCGCUAGGAGAUGUUGUCUAUGCUCAACUGCCAGAUGUCGACAGCGUACUCUCACAGAAAGACGAGUGCGGAGCGUUAGAAAGUGUCAAGGCAGCUAGUGAAUUGUACAGUCCUGUAUCAGGGCGUGUGGUAGAAAAAAAUGAGAGCGUGGAAGAAACGCCAUCUCUUAUUAACACGUCGUGCUAUGAUAAAGGUUGGCUCUUUAAAGUUGAGCUUACAAAUGAUAAAGAAAUAACGGCACUAAUGAAUGAAUCUCAAUAUAAAGAAUUCUUAAAGUCUGAUGAACACCAUUAAUAAAAAAGUUAAAUGUGAAAUCAUUAUUCAUAACUUGGUAAACGUACUUUGUACAUAUUACACUGAAUAGAAUUAUCUUUAUCGUUGUA